GCAGUGCGUGUGUUUAUUCCUUAUUUUGGAUUUGUUGGAUUAUUUUUUCAUCAAUUCGAGUGUCAGUGUAUUGAUAGUGACAUUGCUACAGCGUGUACAUUAUAAACUAUAUUAAUACCAUGUUGUGUGGCUAGACAACUUUCUUCCUUUUGGGCGUUGAUAAUCAUGCAAAAUGGCCAACGAUUUCUGGUCAUGUACCUGUUGUACCGAAGCACUAACAUGUUGGCUGCGGUUAAAAUUAUCACCCGAAGAAAUAGAACAAAGGUAUCGAAGUAAAGAGAUCGAUAGAAUAUUGGAGAAAGAUAAACAAACUCUUAGACGGCAGGUUAAAUUGCUACUACUCGGGGCAGGUGAAAGCGGAAAAUCAACAUUCCUGAAACAGAUGAGGAUAAUACACAAAGUUAAGUUUGAGCCGGAACUGGUGCGGGAGUAUCAACAUGUGAUUUAUCAGAAUAUUGUUAGGGGUAUUCAGGUGCUGGUGGAUGCGCGGGAUAAGUUGGCGAUACCGUGGGAAAACCCACGAAACUUAGAUGUUGGUCAGCAAGCACUACAUUUCAACAGUACAGCCUCUCUUGACAGUAGACUUUUUAUGCAUUAUGCACCACACAUACACUCUUUGUGGUUGGAUAGAGCCAUAAAGAGGGCAUAUGACAGGCGGAGAGAAUUUCAAUUGAGUGAUUCGGUCAGCUACUUCUUCGACGAACUAGAACGCAUAGCCCGACCGGACUACGUGCCGUCGCAUCAGGACAUCCUGCACUGUCGGAAAGCCACAAAAGGCAUCACGGAGUGCACGAUCAACAUCAACACAGUGCCGUUCGUGUUUGUGGACGUGGGCGGGCAGCGGACACAAAGGCAGAAGUGGACGCAGUGCUUCGACUCUGUCACCUCCAUAUUGUUCCUGGUGUCGUCCUCAGAGUUCGACCAAGUCCUGUCAGAGGACAGAAAAACGAAUCGUCUCGAGGAGGCGCUCAACAUCUUCGACACGAUCGUGAACAACGUCAACUUCAAGGGCAUCUCCAUAAUCCUAUUCCUCAACAAGUCCGACUUGCUCGCCAAGAAGGUCGCCAGCAAGGAGACCGACGUCCGCUGGUACUACCCCCAGUUCACGGGAGACCCUCAUAAUCUAGCCGAUGUCCAAAUGUUCCUCCUCAACAUGUUUGCGAACGUUCGCAGGGAACCAAAGACGACACUGUACCACCACUUCACCACCGCCAUAGACACGCACAACAUAGAGGUGGUGUUCAACUCCGUCAAAGACACUAUCCUCAAUCGCAAUCUGGAAUCUCUUAUGCUGCAGUGACGCACGCGGUGCGGACGCUCAAGUGAUGGUUUAGAUUUUAUACCAAUUGUGAUACACGUGGGCAAUACGCUGUCUUUAUUUUUUCGUCAAGCGCUUGGUGUUUCCGUCUCUUCGUUUCCUCUGUGUUCUUCUCGCCAUCAGCACAAGAACGGGGGCGUAUCGAAAAGACAAACUUGUGAUUUUUUCUACCUUUUAUUUUUAGCCACGAUUGUACAAUAUU